AUGGGAUUAUUUUGUUCAAAAUAUCGUCAACAAGUUGUUCCAUUAGAUGCCAAACAUUCGCUGGCAGAGGCGAAUGGUUCUAUCGAUAAAAUCGCAUCUGUGAUCUGGCUCGAUCAUAACGCAACAAAUUCCGAUCCGAUCAAUCAAAAUUCUCUCUUUCACCUUCAACAAACAUUCGCGUCUGUCCAUCCGUUUGCGAAUGUCAAAGAUUGUUUGAAAUAUCUCUCCACUCAUAAGAAAGCCGUGCCUACUAUGAUCGUUUCCGAUGAAUUUUUUGAACAGAUCUGGCUAUCUGUUAAGUCCACGAAUCAAAUUCAUUCGAUUUACAUUAUCUCAUCGAAGAAUGAAUUCAAUUCCAUUAUAUCCGAGAAGAUUCAAGGUGUUUUUCCUCAAAUUGAAUCCCUCGUUCGCUUUCUUCAACGUUCGAUCACACAAAUCAAGUCCGAUUCACUUAUUAUGAGCACCAUUCCUUCGAUGAAAUAUUCGAAAAAGGAUUUGAAACGAAUCAAUAAAUUAUUUAUCUACUGGAUGCUGACAAAACAGAUCAUCCUAGAGACAAAGUACGAGAACGAUGUCGCAUUGAAAGAUUUCACCAAAUUUUGUCGCUCGCAGUAUUUUGGAAAUGCAAAUCAAUUGAAGCAUAUCAAUGAAUUCGAACGAAACUACCAUACACGCUCACCGAUUUGGUGGUAUACAAAACGAACAUUUGUAUUCGAUUUACUUAAUCAAGGAUUUCAAACACAAGAUGUAGAAAUUAUCAUUCGAAUGGGAUUUUUUAUCAAAGAUCUUCACCAACAAUUGGAUAAAUUACAUAACGAGGCAUUGAAAACGCAGAAAUAUCCGAUCGUGGUCUAUCGAAACCAUCAGAUAUCCAGCGAAGAUUUAGAAAAGAUGAAAACAGUUCACGGUAACCUUCUCUCGUUUAAUAACUUCAUUCUAGCUGAUACGGAUUACCAAUCAUCAUUGAAUUUGGCACAUCAAACAUCGGAAACCACUCUGAUCUUCCGAAUUAAAAUCGAAUCGAAACAAACAUCCAGUCCUUACGCUUUACUUCAUAAUAUCUCCUUUUCACCUGAUCAAAGUACAUCUAUUCUCUUUGCUAUGCAUAGUAUUUUUCGAAUUGGUGAGAUGAAACAACUUCAAGGUCAACUUUGGCAAUUAGAUCUAACGCUAACCGAAAGUAAUGACGAACAAAUUGUUAACCUGAAUGAAUUAUCGAAAAGUGAAACACAAGAUUCAACAUCGUGGUUUAAGCUUGCACAGUUGAUGAAACAGAUACAUGAUUACAACCGAGCAAAGGAGAUCUACUACGUUCUAUUGAACUCAUUCACCGAUACAGAUGCGUUGAAAAUGGCGUUUAUUUAUAACGAAUUAGGGUUAGUUCAUGAUGAACUUGGUGAUUAUAAAUCAGCACUUUCGUUCUAUAAACAAGCUAUCGAUAUUCGUCAAGAACAUCUUCCGCCGAAUCAUCGAUCGUUGAGUAUUUCUUAUAACAAUAUGGGUGAAGUUCAACGACAAAUGGGCGACUAUUUUAAUGCACUGUCAACACAUAAGAAAACAUUAGGUAUUAAACAGAAGGCACUGCGAGCGAACGAUCGAUCCUUUGCGACAACUUACAACAACAUCGCACUAACAAACGAAUUGUUGGGAGAUUUUCCAACUGCAUUAGACUUCUAUCAGAAGGCAUUGGAUAUCAAACGUAGAACUCUUCCUAAUGAUCAUGAAGAACUAGCAACGACGUAUAACAAUAUGGGUGAACUUCAACGAGCGAUGGGAAACUUUGCAGCUGCAUUAACAAGUAUGGAAAAAGCACUUCAAAUUCGAUUAAGAAACGUUCCUGCCACUGAUCCAUCCUUGGCAGUCAUCUAUAACAACAUUGGUCUCAUACAUCAAGAAUUGGGUGAUUAUCCCAAAGCGGUAUCCUAUUUAGAAAAAUCACUGGAAGUCAAAUUGAAAAGUUUACCGACUAAUCAUCCAUCAUUGGCAUUCUCAUAUAAUAAUAUCGGAACAAUGCACCAACAAAUGGGACAUUUUGCGCAAGCUUUAUCAUCGUAUCAGAUAGCACUUGCUAUUCAAGAAAAAACGCUUCCUCCUGAACAUCCAGAAAUUGCAGUCACGUAUACGAAUAUCGGCGUUUCACAUCAAGCCAUGGCAAAUUAUUCCGAAGCACGUUCUUAUUACGACAAGGCGGUUCAAAUCCGACAAAAAGCUUUUCCGCCAAAUCAUCCGUUGUUGGGCGUGUCUUAUAAUAAUCUCGGUCAUCUUUAUCAGUUAACUGGUGAAUAUCACUCUGCACUCGAAUAUUAUCAAAGAACGUUGAAAUUACAAAAGAAAUCUCUCUCUGCUGAUCAUCCGUCCUUAGCUGCAACGUACAACAAUCUUGCUGAUAUUCAUCGAAAACUAGAAGAUUACAGCGCAGCAUUGGCAUUGUAUAAAAAAUCGCUUUACAUAAAAAAUAAAUCACUACCCGUUAAUCAUCCUGCGUUGAUCAUUACAUACAACAACAUGGGCUCAAUGCAUCAAGCAUUGGAGAAUUACCCUGCAGCGUUGGAAUGCUACAAAAAAACGCUCGAAAUCCAGCAGAAAACAGUCCCAUCCGAUCAUCCAGACUUAGCCGCUGUUCACAAUAAUAUCGGUGUCGCUCAUCAAUCAAUGAAAGAAUACUCAACUGCACUUGAUUGUUACAAAAAAGCCUUGUCUAUACAAGCUAGUAGUUUACCUCCGAAUCACCCAGAUGUUGCCAUGACUCAUAACAGCAUGGCUUCUGUAUAUGCAUGCUUGGAUGAUUUUCAAAAUGCGCUCAAGCAUGAAGAACGAGCUAUUGAAAUUGCUAGUCAAACCUUACCAGAGGAUCACCCUCACCUUAUUAUAUUUCGAAACUAUCACGAACGAAUUAGUACUAAAGUUAAAUCGAUGAAGAAUGAACAAUGA